UUCUCAGAAUAAUCACGAUUCACGAAUGUAAAUUAAAAACUUAAGUUUAAUUGAGUUGAGUCAGCUUUUUGUUUGGGGGGCUUUACGUAUCAUUGUUUCAUUCAAUAAUUAAUUCUCAAAAUGGGAUUAGCUACAGUGAUAGAAAAUGAAGCACAUUUUCAAUCUGAAAUGGUUAACGCUGGGACAAAGUUGGUAGUUGCUGAUUUUACAGCUACAUGGUGUCCACCCUGCCAAAGAAUCGCUCCAUUUUUUGAACAAUUACCAGCAAAGUUUCCGAGAGCAGUUUUCUUAAAAAUUGAUGUGGAUAGAUGUGCAGAAACUGCUAGUUCCCAAGGCGUUAGUGCAAUGCCUACAUUUCUUUUCUAUCGGAACAGGACACGAAUUGACCGUCUGCAAGGUGCUGAUACAGCUACUUUGGAGAGUAAAGUUAGACAAUAUUAUGGAAAUGAUGAUGCUGGUGAUGAGGAUAACUCUGUUGCUGGACAUAUGGACCUGUGUACAUUUAUUGUAAAGAAUGAGUGUGAAUGCCUGAAUGAAACCGAUAAUCACCCGCUUGCACAUGCACUGACAAAUGGAGGUGGAUAUCUUGCAAGUGACUGUGACGAGCAACUGAUUAUCAACAUAUCCUUUAAUCAGCUCGUAAAACUUCACUCACUAAAAAUCAAAGCCCCAGGAGAUAAGGGACCCAAGUUUGUAAAAGUGUUUAUCAACCAACCCCGAACACUGGACUUUGAUCAGGCAUCAACUUUUGCAUCAGUGCAAGACCUGGAGUUCACACCAAGUGAUCUAGAAGGAAAUCCUGUUCCACUCAAGUUUGUGAAGUUCCAGAGUGUUCAAAACAUUCAACUCUUUAUAAAAGAUAACCAAUCAGGAGAUGAGAUGACGAGGAUUGACCACAUUGCUUUCUUUGGAUCUCCCAUCUCAACCACUAAUAUGGGGGAAUUCAAACGAGUUGCCGGGAAGAAAGGAGAGAGCCACUAGCCCCGACUGCUGCAAUUGUGUCGAUAAUUCCAGAAAGUUGUAAAUAAUGUUGCAACUACUAAUGCGACACUCAAUUGCAUAUUAUAAUAAUUAAUUUGAACUGUAACAUUGCAAUAUUUAUAUCAGUAAAUGUAUACUGUUUUCAAAUAUAUAAACAUUUUAAUCAA